AUGCCUCCUUACUCGCAGCCGUCUCAUCCAAGCCAGGACUGGCAAUUGCUCAAUGGUACCAGUGGCUGGGGCAACGACCUCUCACACCUUCCCAGGGGAUCCAAAGUCACAGCUCCACCCUUCGUCUCCUUCACAGACCUCUAUUGCAUACCCAGCGAGCCUACUAUGAUAAGACAAGCCAGGCUUACGGCCAGAUCGAACACACGGACCAAAGCGCCAUUCCAGAAUAACGGCGGGAUCAAGUUGCGGCACGGUUGUGUGGAGACUCUAGAGCAACUCAUUUGUGAAGAUGUUCUGGCCUGCCGCGAUGAAGAUGGCGUCCCCGAGCGUCCGGGAAUAGAUGACGCUGGCAGUGCCGAUGGAGACGUCGUCGAGUGCAAGGACCGUUUGCGCCGCCAUCAGCGCAUUGCCAAACGCAAGCUGGAAGCCGCAGAUGGUGAGCAGGACCUGUCCGGCCAGACCAUCUUGGUUACGGGCUCCAAUGUCGGUAUCGGGCUCGAGGCCACUCGACUGUUGAUGGGCUUCAAAGUUGCCCGCGUCGUCAUGGCCGUUCGCACUCUCUGCAAACGCGAAGAGGCAAAGGCCGACCUCCUCAAAUCCAACCCAUCAUGCAACGUCGAAGUCUGGGAGCUCGACAUGGAUGUCUUCGCCAGUGUCAUAGCUUUCGGAAAGCGCGCGCAAGAACUCGACCGCCUCGACAUUGCCCUCCUCAACGCCGGGGUCAAGAAGCCGGAAUACACGGAGAACAAGCUCACUGGGCAUGAGACAACAAUUCAAAGGUUCACAUGUGGACUCCGUUCAAAGAGCGUACAGCCCCAAAUACAAUUGAGAAACUUGACGAGAAGAGCACCUUUGGCAACCCGGACCGCUAACAACGUAUCCAAGUUGCUGAAUGUGCUCUGGGCACGUGAAUUGGUGGCCAAAGUCAGCCCCACGCAGAUCAUCGUCAACACUGUCAAUCCCGGCCUGGUGCAGAGCAGCCUUCAUCGCGAGAACAAAAACGCAGCUGAGAAGAAAUUCACCGCUAUCUUUGGACGCACGACAGAGGAAGGCGGAAGAACUCUUGUGGAUGCGGCGGUUGUCCAGGGUGCGGCCACCCACGGUGGUAUAUGA